CUUGCUUACCAUCUCUGUUUCGGCUUGUAUGACUUUGAAUUUUACAGAUAGAAGAACUUUUAUUAACAAAAAACCAAACUAUGCCAGCAUUCAAAGUUAAGGUAAAGUGGGGCCGGGAGCUCUACAAUGAUAUUGAUGUAAACACCGAUGAGGAGCCUAUCUUGUUCAAAGCGCAGUUGUUUGCGCUUACUGGUGUUCAACCGGAUCGGCAGAAAGUGAUGUGCAAGGGUGGCAUACUUAAGGAUGAUCAGUGGAAUUUGCAAAUCAAAGAUGGCGCUGUAGUAUUGUUGCUGGGCAGCAAAGAGAGUGUGCCAGAAGUGCCUAAAACACAAGUUAAGUUCAUAGAGGACAUGAACGAAAUGGAACAAGCCACAGCGAUGCGUUUACCGGCCGGGUUAACGAAUCUUGGCAAUACUUGCUACAUGAACGCCACUGUUCAAUGCUUGAACGCAGUGCCCGAGCUUCGGACUGCCUUGACCUCUUUUAGCAAUGAUGGCACUGACACCAUGUCUACAGCAUUUUCCAUAUCGUCCGCCAUGAAAUCCAUAUUUGCUCAAAUGGAGAAGGGCACAACCGUCACUCCAAUUGUUCUGCUGCAGGCGUUACACCGUGCAUCACCGCAGUUCGCGCAGACCGGCGAGAACGGUACGUACAGGCAACAGGAUGCUAAUGAAUGUUGGGCGGAAAUUCUGAAAAUGUUGCAGCAAAAACUGCGCGCCACAAGCCAAGACCCAUCGAAUGCAGUCCAAAAAGAUACAGGUGACUCCUUUAUUGAUCAAUACUUCGGCGGAACUUUUGAAGUCAAGAUGAGUUCUGAAGAGGUUCCCGAUGAACCCUCCACCGUAACAACGGAGAACUUCUUGCAACUGAGCUGCUUCAUCUCCAUGGAUGUUAAGUACAUGCAAAGCGGUCUUAAGUCCAAAAUGCGCGAGACAUUGGUCAAGAAAUCGGAAACUCUGGGACGCGAUGCACAGUAUAUAAGAACUUAUUUGAUUAGCCGACUUCCAGCUUAUCUCACGGUUCAAUUUGUCCGCUUUCAAUACAAGGGCAAGGAGGGUAUUAAUGCUAAAGUGCUGAAAGAUAUUAAAUUUCCAAUGGAGUUCGAUGCCUACGAGCUGUGCACUCCCGAAUUGCAAAACAAGUUGUGCCCUAUGCGCUCGAAAUUCAAGGAUCUCGAAGACAAGAAAAUGGAAGUGGACGUUGUCAAGCCCAAUGAAGCAAAGGAAGAGGAGAAGGAGAAGCAGUACGAGCAAUUUUGGUUUGAUGAUGACCUGGGAAGCAACAAUUCUGGCUACUACACACUGCAAGCCGUACUGACACACAAGGGACGGUCAAGCUCUUCGGGACACUAUGUGGCUUGGGUGCGUUCCAGUGGCGAUGUGUGGUUUAAGUUUGAUGACGAUGAGGUCUCGUCCGUGGCAACAGAAGAGAUCCUACGCUUGUCCGGCGGCGGAGACUGGCACUGCGCCUACGUCCUUCUAUAUGCGCCCAGACGCUUGGAAAAGCUAUAAAAAUUGUGUUAACGUCAUUACAUUUGUAUUGUUAAUAUAAUAAUUCUGAAUAAAUAACCAAAAUCUUAAUAUGUUCAUAAAA